UCGAAUUUUAGUUGUUUUUUUUUUACUUGCUACUAGUCCACGUUUAUUUAUUAUUUGAAAACAAAAAAUGCAGGCCAGUAAUAUGACAAGAUUUAUUCGUUAUUAUACUCAACAUUGUCAUCGUCGUAUGUCAUCAAUAAUCAUUAAUGGUUCUUCAUAUGUUGUUGUUGUUGAUAAAAAAUCAUCAUCAUCAUCAUCGGUAAUAAAGCCACCAUAUUUCAUUAAUCAAUCAUCAAAUGUAUCACUCAAUUCAACAAGAUAUAUGGUUACCAAAACAAAAACAGGUGGUAAAUUGAAUAGAACGAUAUCGGCAAUCGAUCUGAAUGAAUUUGAUGAUGUAUAUGAACAAGCACGUUUGAAAGCAAUUGCCGAUAUUUACAAUGAACACCAACAAACACAAUCAUUAAAUGAAGCUAAAGAAUGGCUACAAAAUGUAAUUGAUUAUAAUGUCGGCACUGGUAAACGUAAUCGUGCACGUAUCUGUUGGCUUGCAUAUAGACAAUUAUGUCCAUCAUCUGAAUCAAUAACUCAAGAUAAAAAUCUUCAAAUCGGUAUACUUGGCUAUUGUUUAGAAUUGAUGCAAUCAUAUUUUCUAAUAUUCGAUGAUAUUAUGGAUGAUUCGAUUACACGUCGUGGUCAAAUUUGUUGGUAUCGAAAGAAUGGAAUCGGUAUGAUUGCCAUUAACGAUGGUGUUAUGAUUAGUAGCUUGAUACAUUUAUUAUUGAAACAAAAUCUAAGUACAAAUCCAGUGUAUACACAUAUGGUUGAAUUAUUCAACGAAGUUACACGUUACACUUCAUAUGGCCAAUGUUUAGAUCUAUUAUCGUUUCCGUCUGAUGGAUCAAAAUUAGAUUUUUCCAAAUUCACAACCGAACGUUAUGAUACGAUUGUUCGAUAUAAAACAGCUUAUUAUACAUUCUCAUUGCCGAUACGAUUGGCCAUAUAUUUGGCUGGAAUCAUUGAUCCAAAUACUCAUAAUGAAGCUGAAGAAAUACUUUUACAAAUUGGACAUUUUUUUCAAACACAAGAUGAUUAUCUUGAUUGUUUUGGUGAUUCAAAUAUAACCGGUAAAAUUGGUACCGAUAUUGAAGAUGGUAAAUGUUCAUGGCUUUGUGUUCAGGCAUUAAAAUUGGCUAAUAAUGAUCAACAGGCAUUACUAUUUCAACAUUAUGGUGUAAAAUCUAAAGAAUCUGUUCAAAUUGUUCGAAAUAUUUAUCAACAAUUAUGUUUAGAACAAGUGUUUGCUCAAUAUGAACAUGAUAAGUACAAAGAAAUUUGUUCAAGAAUCGAUCAUAUCGAAAAUAAAAUGCUGCCCAAAGAUUUGUUCCACAUGGUAUUAACCAUGAUCUAUAAACGAAAACAAUGAAUUGUGAAAUCUUGAUGAAUGAAUCAAUAAAUAGUUGCCAUACA